AUGGCCGCCUCACUCUGUGGGUGCUGUGAUAAAUACCCUGCCGUCCGCUCGCUGAGGGGAUUUUUGGGGAUUUCUUUUAUAAAGCGUCUUUAUUUCCGUCGUUUCUCUGCUCAGAGAAGGAUUUCAGGCAGAGUUGGUUGCCUCACUGAACCCCUUCCGCUGCGUGAAAUCGGUUUAUGUCCGCCAGGGUCACCCUGCCGAGCGGGCGGUUACUACACACGAUGUGUCGCUCUGAGUUCCCAAGACGAAGUGUUAUGUGCCUGUGCUUAUUGUUCAGGGGGGAAUGUAUGCGAGGCGGAGGGAUCUGUCGAUACGUUUCUUCGACGCUCAGCGCAGGGAUCCCUAUUGAUAGGCAGGAGUAAUCCGCCACGGUUUCCCUGGCAACUGUUUGAGCGUCUCAAGAUGGCGGCUCUGUUGCCGGAGAUUCUGUUCGAGUGUAACGGGCAGGCGCCGGCCCCGAGCAAGGAUUUCUACCAGCUGAUUGUCGGGCGCAGCGAGGUUAUUAUGCGAUGGUGGAAAAUCUCCCUCAGAAGUGAAUUUCGGGAAGCAAGACCAGGGGAACUCAGGGAAUCUCAUGAAGACUUUGUAGAUGACUCAACGCUUCAUGCCCAGAUUGGCAUAAUCUUUGGACAGAAAACCCUCAGCUAUGUGACUGGUCUUUGCCGCGGGCAGUACGAUUUCCUGGAGCGUCUUCCUGAGCCGCUGAUGUUGUAUAUCUUGACCUUCCUGGACUUGGAGGACAUUGCGCAGCUCUCCCAAGUGUCUCAUACGUUUCAAAAGAUGUGUAAUUCGGACAAGCUGUGGGAGCACAUUGUGGAGCGCUCUUGUGACCGGUUUACACCAGAGAUGAGGUCUCUUGCUCAGGACCUAGGCUGGAAGCAGUUCUUCUUCACCAACAAACUACAACUUCAGCUGCAGCUUCAAAGACGAAGGAAGAGACAGGAGAGUCAGAAUGUGUUCUUGGACUAACUGGAUGCACCGUUUGGCCAAGCGCAGAAUUCUUACUGCAAAGCCAAGAAGUCAGAUCUUCCAUUCACUGUGAUUGUGUACCAGUAACCAGAUGCAAUGGUCUGUGCCGCUGAAUAAACCCAUUCUACCCCCUGUACCCCAAAUGCAAUGAAUGCUACUCUGAUGCAUACGCUUUACUGGUAUGUUCACAAGCAGCAGAUUUGUUGCAGAAAGUUCUGCAUCUGGAAAUCCGUCCCAUUUAAUUUCAGUCUUUUGCAGCAUGUGCGUGGAUUUCUGCAAGCCUCACUCAAAUGAAUGGGACAGUCUCAGAAACCUCUGCAGAACAUGCCACAUAUCAAUACACGAGUGAUGAGAGAAUCGAUUUGUUCUUCUGAACCAGGGAUGCUCAACCUGCGGCCCUCCAGCUGUUGUAAAACUACAACUCCCACCAUGCCCUGCUGUAGGCUGUCUGGGCAUGCUGGGAGUUGUAGUUUUGCAACAGCUGGAGGGUCGCAGGUUGAGCAUCCCUGAUUCUGAACAACUUCUCCAUCUGCAAGGGACUGUCCCUCUACAGAUGAUUCCCCAGUGUGCCGGCAGAUUAACAUGGCUGCACAUCUCCUGCAGCCAUGAUAAUUUUGUGCGUGCGCCGUUACUGUGGGUAUUGUCACAUGGGCAAAUAAUAUGCCUACGAAAAUGAAUCAGCGGUUGUGCACGCACUGCUAAAAUUAGUUUAGCAGCGCAUGCAAAUUCGUUCAUGCAGCUUUGUGGGCAUAUCUUUGGUGCAUGUGCUAGUACUCAUAAUAACAGCGCAUGCUUGAGAUUAUGAAGGCCGCACAAGAUGUGUGGCUAUGUUAAUCUACCGGGAGAGGGAGCGCCUGAAGCUGUGGGGACUUGUUCAGAUGAACUAAUCGAUUUUGUAUGGAAUCGAUUGGCUCAGCACCAGAAUAUUCCCAAUGUCUGGAAUCACCCAUGCAAUGUUUUUUUUUUUUUUUUUUAAUUAAACCAAAGCCAGAAAUAGAUCCAAAAAGAAGGAAAAGUAUAAAGGACAUUUUAAAACAUCUCUUCUCUCUUGGACCCACUUCUAUUUUGGACUUAAAACCACUAUCAAAAACGUAUUUGAUUCCUGCCUAACAGGCUUUAGGCUCUCAGGUCCUAAAAUUUGUUUCCUAAGAAACCAACAACCACACCGAGAAGUCUUUUUGUUCUUUUUUUUUUUUUUUAUAAUAAGGCUAUAGGUUUUUUUGUUUAAUGUGAUGCAUAAUUUUCCUGCUUUCUUCUCUUUGCAGCCAUUUGUAAAAAUGCUAGCUACUUGCUACCACUACUAGAGGUCCAGUCUGUAUCAGUAAGAUGCAUAUACAGCAGCGUACAGAUUGCCCCCCACCCCCCACCACUGUUGUGGUGGUAUAUGCCAGCCAAGAUUUUAAUGAAUGUGUGAGGAGUACUUUUGGUACAUGUAAUUUUCUAGCUUUUAUAUUUUCCUUUGCCCUCAUGCACACAACAGUUGUUUUUUGCGUCCGCAAAUUGUGCGUCCGCGAAAAAAACUGAUGCGGCAUCUGUUUUUUUUGGGAGGAUCCGUUUUUUUUUUUACAGAUCCCUUGUAAUAAAUGCCUAUCCUUGUCCGCAAAUGUGAAAAAAGUAGGACAUGCACAAUUUUUAUGUGACCACUAAGUCCUUUUUUUUGAUCUGUCAUUGACUAUGGCACAAUAUAACAGAAGUUUACAGUCUAGGUUAAUAUAAUGUGCCUUCAAGUUUAGUCAUAUUGUGCCAAAAUUUAAUAAAAAAAACAUAAUUCAUUUUCAUUUUCUAUUAUUGGUUAAUUGUGUGAGUCUAAAUGUAUGCCAACAUGAUGAACGGCUAAAUAAAAUAUGCUUAA